UCAAUUUCCUCCUCUUUUUCUUUCUAUGAUUUAUUAUAAUAGAAGAAAAUCUCUGCAUUUUGGUGUAAAUUUUCCGGAGCAGCGAUUUUUGGGGUUUCAUAUACGCCAUUUGAUUUUUCCACGGUUUUUGCAUUUUCUUUCUUCCGAAUUUUUUGGUUUUCUCGAGUUCUUUUUUCGUUUGAAUGUCUCAAGGUCAAGCACCUAGCAGCUUUGGCUAUGAUUGAUGAGGGGGAGCUUGAUUGGAAAAUAGUUGCAAUAUCGUUGGACGAUCCGAGAGCUUCGCUCGUGAACAAUGUUGCCGAUGUUGAGAAACAUUUUCCGGGAACUCUCACUGCAAUUCGGGACUGGUUUAGAGAUUACCAGAUUCCAGAUGGAAAGCCUGCUAAUAAAUUUGGUCUUGGCAACAAGGCGGCCAGCAAGGUAUAUCUACUUUUGGUUCUGUUGUAGCUUUCGACCUUUUCAAU